UCUUCAUAUCUAACCAGACGAUUGCACACAGACAGAGGGUUGGAGAGAAAAGGGAAGAAAGAGAGAUGGGUAGAGCUCCUUGCUGCGACAAAGCUAACGUGAAAAAGGGACCUUGGUCUCCCGAAGAAGACGCGAUGCUUAAGGCCUAUAUCGAAAAGUAUGGAACCGGAGGCAAUUGGAUUGCUCUUCCUCAGAAGAUCGGUCUUAAGAGGUGUGGGAAGAGUUGUAGACUGAGAUGGUUGAAUUAUUUGAGACCCAACAUUAAACAUGGUGGAUUUUCCGAAGAAGAAGAUAACAUCAUCUGCAGCCUCUAUAUUAGUAUUGGAAGCAGGUGGUCAAUAAUUGCAGCCCAAUUACCUGGCAGAACUGAUAAUGACAUCAAAAACUACUGGAAUACCAGACUGAAGAAAAAGCUGCUAGGAAGGCGUAAAGAGACUCAGACUCGCCGUCUAUCUUCUGCACUAAAUCUAGAUCCCAAAGUCACAAACGGAAUGGAAGAUAAUCCAGCCCUAAGCAACUCCGCGCUCGAAAGAUUGCAACUGCACAUGCAGCUCCAAAGUCUCCAAAGCCCAUUCUCUUUCUAUAACAAUGCUGCACUGUGGCCCAAACUGCAUCCCUUUGGAGGUAGGAUCUUCCCAAACAACCACGUCGCGAACGAUGAUCCCACCUCUCUGAUGCAAGAAGGGGCUACUACUCAAGCUGGAACCAGUCAGAAGGUUGCCUUGGAUGAGCUACCCACAGCUCCAAUUGGUGUUCAACAAGACAAUUUGGCGAGUAGUCUCAGUAAACAAGCCAAACUGGAGAACUCUUUGAAUGGGUUCUCAUCGUCAGAGAGCUCCAUUGCUUUUAGCAAUGGUUCUGUUCCAAUUGACACAACUAUCAUGUCACAACUAAACAGCGUCGACAAAUCUAACAGAAACCUCCAAUCCGUAUCUGCAGGUCUAUAUGCUGAAUUAAAUGAGUUACUUUAUGGCAAAAACUGUGGGUACGUACCAAAUGAAGAUCAGAUUACUGAAUUCGAUGGUUUCAAAGAAACGGAAGCGGUCAAGGACAGCAUGCCAUGGUGGGCUAAUGAUUUUGAUACAAAGUCAUCUUCAUCAAAUUCUUGGGACUCAGCUUCUGUUCUUCAGCCUGAUGGUUUGUUUCCAGAUUAUGUAUUAGGAUAUGACCUAUAAUAAGUUAAUACAUAUGUACGUAGUAAUUAAAGAAUUUUUAAGUAUAAUUACAGACUCAACGGGAGAGGGAUUAGGGAAUAGACAUAUGGAGUCUGAUGUCUAAUGGUGUAAAUCGUGUGAAUAAUACUGUUGCUUUGCCAUGUCUCUUUAUAUCUAUU